AUUUUUUUUACAAAGCUUUCUCCAGAACCCCGCUCUGAGAUUCAUUUUGACCUACCAAGCUUUCAUCUUCCCUCUGAAAUUUUACCUUCAGUUCUUUCAUUGAUACUACUGAAAAUCAGUUAUAUCAGUCAAUAUCAUGGCUGCAAGUUUUGCCAAGAGACAGACCACCAGGUUUUUAGGACCUCUUCUUUCUUCAUCUCUGCCUCAUCUCUGCACCAGGAAUGGAGUUCCGGGAAGCACCAGAAUCUCACCUCUCCUCACCCAAUUCGUCGAUUCAAACUCAGUCAAGUCUCCUCCCUCUUCACCCAUCCAAAAACUCAGUUUCCCAGAUUCCUUUACUUACAGAUUUUGCGCCAAAUUUAGCUCUCAACUCCACACCCUACCCCGCCGGAACCCUAGCAGUAUACACCAAAAAUUUCUUCUUAAACCCAAACGAUCGGAUCUCAGUGGACUGUCUCUGUUAACGAACAACCAAAGGGCCGUAUUCUCAAGUUCUUCAGAGCAGGCUGAGCUGCCAAGCGGCGGCGGCGGAAAAACUCUAAGCGGCGAUGAGACAAAGCGCGUGGAGAUCUAUGAACCCAGAUUCGACCGAAGCGAAUCCGCGCAGGCCAAUGAAACCCGAGACGCAAUUUGUAUCAGAAUGGCAAUUUGUUGUUGUCUCGUUGCGCUGGUUUUAAUUACUUGGUUGCACUACCCUUUAAGGAUUUUAUAUGUUAUUCCUGCUGUUGUCGCAAAACAAGGGAAUUUUGUAGCACCUACAAAAGUUGCACCACCUACCUUUGAUGAUUGCAUCAAUAAGCUCAAAAUGCUUGGAUGGGAAAAAGAUGAGCCAUUAUAUAGGGUUGCACUUGCAAUUCUUUGUGAUCCAAAUGACCUUUAUCGGGAAGCUUGGAUGAAAAUCGACCCGGAGCAUCUCCAAAACUGGGUCGAAAUGAUUGGAAAAAAGUUAGGAUUCAUGUAGAGCCCGUUUGGUAGCACCAAAAUCGGCUGUUUUGGCUGAUUCUGCUGAAAUUUAUGAUAUUCUGGCUGGAGUGGCUGUUUUGGCUGAUUCUGCUGAUUUAAGAAAAAAAAUAUUUUAAAAAUAUAUUUUAUUAAUAAAUUAAAGAAAAAAUUAUAUGUAAAAAUAGCUAAAAUGGUCCUCUACAGUAACUUCAGCCAAUACAGCCAGAAAAGUAACUCCAACCUUACUUUUUCGGCUUAUUACACAAUUCAGCGCGCGAAAGUAAAAGUUACGUGUUUGGUGAAAAAGUUGGCUGAUAAGCCUGAUAAGCCGAAAACAGAGUUCUCCAAACGGGCUCGUAAUGUUUUCAUAUGUGGUGUUUGUGUUUACACGUUAUGUUUAGACAUCAGGAUGACUAUUAUGCGUUAUUUGUGAAUCUUAUAGGGAGUAAUGUUUUCUGUGAUAUCUAAAAGAACAUCUAAUAUUUUUUGUAAGGUCAAUGUAAAUCUACAAGAGCAACCUCUAUUCUUAAUACGUAGU